UCUCUCAGUCUGCACAGCAUGCCGUGUCAUAUGGACUUAUUUAACUCAUAGUAAGACUUUAUAGCAGGCAGAAGGAGCAGAGAGAAAGAGGAGGAGAGAAAAUAUUUCUGCGGGUCAUGUGAGAAGAACAAUUGUCUGGGAUUCCUCCUCCAGAGUUUUUACGCGCAGUGGAGAGCGAUGGGAGCGGUGCGCCCGGAGCGGAGCGCUCUGCCGCGGCUCUGCCUCCUCCUCCACCUCCUCCUGCUGCUGCUGCUGGGCUUUCCUGUGUCCUCCUCGGCGACAUGGGACCUGGUUCUCCUCCACACCAACGACGUACACGCCCGGGUGGAGGAGACCAGCAAGCACUCGGGCAAAUGCGGCGGCGGCAGCGGAUGUUUCGCCGGGGUGGCCCGGAGAGCCACGAUGAUCAAGAGGAUCCGCAGCACCGAGGACAACGUGCUGCUUCUGGACGCCGGAGACCAGUUCCAGGGGACCGUCUGGUUCAAUUACUACAAGGGAGCCGAGGCUGCUCAUUUCAUGAACAAACUGCGCUACGAUGCCAUGGUUUUUGGAAAUCAUGAGUUUGACAACGGAGUAGAAGGACUCAUGAAACCAUUCAUGGAGCAGAUCAAGUGUCCCGUUCUCAGCGCCAACAUCAAAUCAGACAAAACUCUGGCCUCGACGUUUGGCAGCUCUUAUCUACCUUAUAAGAUCCUUACUGUUGGUGCUGAGAAGGUUGGCGUGGUGGGAUACACAUCACGGGAAACUCCUGAUCUGUCCAGACCUGGACCACACGUGAUGUUUGAGGACGAGGUGACGGCCCUGCAGCUGCAGGUGGACAAACUGCAGACGCUGGGAGUCAAUAAGAUCAUCGCUCUGGGUCACUCAGGCUUUACUGUGGACCAGGAGAUCGCCAAGAAGGUCAAAGGAGUCGAUGUCGUCAUCGGUGGACACAGCAACACUUUCCUUUAUACAGGAACCCCUCCUUCUUCCGAAGUCCCUGCAGGUCUUUAUCCGUUCAUGGUGAAGUCAGUCGACGGGCAUCAGGUUCCUGUUGUGCAGGCCUACGCCUUUGGAAAAUAUCUGGGUUAUCUGAAGGUGACCUUUGACGAUGCUGGGAACGUGCUGAAGUCCACAGGAAACCCCAUCCUGCUGGACAGCAGCGUGCCACAGGAUCCAGAAGUUCUUGAUGAUGUGGAGGAAUGGAAAAAGAAUCUGAGCAGCUACUCAGCUCAUGUGGUGGGUAGGACUCUGGUCUUCCUGAACGGGACCACUGAGGAGUGUCGAUUUCGGGAAUGCAACCUGGGAAACCUGAUCUGUGAUGCCAUGAUUGACAACAACAUCAGGUUUGCAGACGAUCAACAGUGGAACCAUGUCAGCGCCUGCAUCUUCAACGGAGGAGGCGUCCGCACGUCUAUUGACGAACGUACCAGGAACGGUUCGAUCACCAUGGAAGACCUAAUCUCUGUCUUACCUUUCGGAGGAACCUUCGACCUGGUGCAGCUGAAGGGCUCCACGCUGUACAAAGCCUUCGAACACUCAGUGAGACGAUACGGCCAGAGCACCGGGGAGUUCCUUCAAGUGUCCGGAUUUCAUGUCGAGUUUGACCUCUCCAAAGCUAAGGGGCAUCUUGUGAAGAGCCUCAGCAUCCUCUGCACAAAGUGUAGAGUUCCUAGCUAUGAACCGGUUGAGGACGAGACAGUUUAUAAGGUGGUGCUGCCGUCCUACAUGGUGAAGGGUGGAGACGGAUUCACCAUGAUCCCGAACGAGAUGCUUAAACACAACAGCGGAGAUUUGGACAUUUCAGUUAUGUCCAACUACAUCAUGCAGAAAAAGAAGGUUUAUCCAUCUGUUGAAGGACGCAUCAAGAUCUACAACUCAGCUUCUGGACAAACUGCUCCACUGGUUUUAUUGGUUUCAUUGGGGCUGCUAUGGACUCUAUGUGGGAGCGACUGA